AUGGGAUUUAUAAGCUUGAAAUAUUUGUCCUUGUUCUUCAUGUCCAUUUUGUUCUUUCAUUCUUCAUAUAAAAGGUAUUAUAUUAAAUGUCACGAUAUAUAUAUUAGCAAUAUAUUAAUUAGUAAUUCUUCUUUUAUAUUUAAUAAAAAUAUUUAUGUAUACAAUAUACUAGUUAAUGAUGACGAAAUUAAUAUUAGCCCAUUUUUAAAUAUAUGGGAAGAUUUUCUAUAUAAAAAUGAAUCUUUACAAAGUGAACCUUUUUAUGAAGAAAAUACCUUAGAAUAUGUUAACAAUAUAUCACAAUCUCUUGAAAGAGAUGAAUUAUAUUUAAAGAAAUAUUAUAUUCAUAUAAAUAAUAAAAAAAUUAAUUUUUAUGAUAUCCCUUAUACUCUUUCUCUUGAACAACAUUAUGAAAAUAAAAAUAUUAGAAUAACUAUAUUUUACGAAUAUAUUAAAACAUAUACUAUUAAUAUUGUUAGAGAAAACAAAUAUAUUAAUCAUAAUUUCACAUCUUAUUUUUAUCUAGAUAAUAUACAACUAUUUAAUGAUGAAACGAAAGAAUAUAUACCUUUAAAUAAAAAAUUUAAAUAUAAUGAUAAUUUCUAUUAUGCAAGUGUAGACGAAAAAGUACAUACCAUACUAGUAAAAGGUUUAUGCUUUAAUAGUCAGAUGUAUGUAAAGGACAAUGAAAUAUAUGAUAAUUUUCUUUUUUUAUUAAAUCAAAAAAUAUAUAGUAACGUAUUAAUUAUUGAAUGUAGACGCUAUGAAUAUUAUGAUGACCAGUCAGCUAUAGUACAAAAGAAAAAAAACAGCCAUUUGUUGAAUAAUUUUUUUAAAAAAAAGUUAAAAUCAAAGAUCAUAUAUAAUAAUAAUCAUAAUAAUGGAAAUAAUGACACUGUAAAAAGUAAAAAAGGGAUAUAUGAAUAUAUACAAGAUGUUAAAGAUAAAUAUCAAAAAUAUUUAUCUCCAUAUAAAGAAGAAAAUGGACAGGAUAAAGUUCAAAGGGAUAAAACAAAAAGUACAUCAAAUGAUAAUAUGUAUAUUAGUACAUAUAAUAAUACAAAUCACAACAACAACAAUAAUAAUAAUAAUAAUUAUUAUAAUAAUAAUAGUAAUAGUAGUAGUAGUACUACUAGCAGUAGUAACAGUACUUAUAAUAUAUAUAAAGACACAUACACCUUCGAAAAAAAUUCACAUAAAACUAAACAAAACAAUUCAACAUAUUUCAAUGAUUAUAAUAUGACAAACAAAAAUAAGGAUAAUAUUAUAUAUCCACAUAUAUCUAGUAGAAAUACAUCAAAUAAUGAAAAUUUUAAAGUUAAAAAAAUAUAUAGAAUUUUUUAUUAUAUUAAUAUAUUUUAUAAUAUAAAUAUAGAAAUACCAAAAUAUCUAUAUAAUAUUAUAGAAGGAAAUACAUGCAUCUUAAAUUAUACAAAAUACAAAAAAAAUGAUAUAAUAAUUAAUGAAUAUAUAUGUAAUAAUUUUCAAAAUUAUAUUUCAUCAUUCUAUUUUGAUAUUAACAAUAAAUUAUUUGCUUUUAUAAAAGUAGAUAAACAAAAAAAUAUACAAAGACUUCUACAUAAUUUUCUUGAAACAUACUUUAACUUUUCAUCAAACAUAUAUUUAUAUCUUCAAUCUUUUAAUGAUCAACAAAUUAUUAAAAUUAAUUUCAAAACAAAUAAAUCAUCUAUUCUAUUCUAUACUAAAUGUAUUGUUAUUCUUUUAGUCUUAUGUUCUAUUUUUAUAUUCAUAUAUAACUUUUGCUCAAACUAA